AUGGCGGCGCGGCGCGGCGCCUUCAUCGCGCUGGAGGGCGUCGAUCGCGCCGGCAAGAGCACGCAGGGCCGGCGGCUCGUGGAGGCGCUGCGGGCCGCCGGCCACCGCGCCGAGCUCCUCUGCUUCCCAGAGAGGAGCACCGAGAUCGGGCGGCUGCUCGGCGCCUACCUGGGCAAGGAGAAGAGCCUGGAGGACCACACCGUGCACCUGCUCUUCUCGGCCAACCGCUGGGAGCACGUGCCACUCAUGAAAGACAAAUUACACCAAGGGAUCACGCUGGUUGUGGACAGAUACGCCUUUUCCGGAGUGGCCUUCACAAGUGCCAAGCAGAAUUUCUGCCUGGAGUGGUGUAAACAGCCUGAUGUUGGACUCCCAAAGCCAGAUUUGAUUCUGUUUCUUGAGUUAAGUCCGGAGGAAGCAGCGGUACGAGGGAACUUUGGGAAUGAACGCUAUGAGAACAGCUCCUUCCAAAAGAAAGUUCUGCAGUCCUUCCACCAUCUGAUGAAGGACAAGACAUUAAACUGGAAGACAGUAGAUGCUUCAAAGAGCGUAGACGACUUGCACAGAGAAAUUAAGUCUGUUGCAGAGAAAACCAUACAGGACGUUCAGAAUAAACCCCUGGGAGAACUCUGGAAAUAAAGCUCGAAGGGAAAAGGAUGCUGAAGGGAAAACUCACCUCCUGGAUGUUGUGUGGUAGGAUGACUCCCCUACAACAGCACCCAGUAACUACAACACAGGUCACUUGUCUUCCAUGUCCCUUAUGGUGCUUGUGGUUGUAUUGGGUUCUCCACUCCAUUCUGCCUUGUCCCUUCUGUAUUUGUAAAGCAGCACAUUCUUUUUCUUUUUCUUCACCUCAAUCUCUUGUUCUGUUCUUUGCAGUGCUCAGUGCUGUAGUGCAGAUAAGGGUUACUGAGCCCAAAUCUCUCUUGGGAAGUGGGUAGCAGCCACAGGAGUAGCAGCAACUUAUGCAUCUGCCUCUUUGCUGUAAUGUAACAGCUGUGUCAAAAUGAGUUUUUAGAGGACUUGCUAAUACAUUAUUCUUUUAAAUGGA